AUGGCACGCACUACGUUUAAUCCUCGACAUGACCCAACCGUCUGGUUCAAAUACGCACGCAGCCCUUCCCCGCAAGACGAAGAUGAGGAUAUGGACAGCGAUGGGGUCUCAACCGACUUUGUCCCCUACGCAGCACCGAGUCCCCUGCACGCGACAACGGCGGUCACCGAGAUCGACGAGCCGCUCCCCACCCUGACCAAAGCGACACAAGAAGUCAGCAUGCAUCAUUUGAAUUCGAUAGCCAUCGUGUGCAUGGCACUGGCGUUUCUGAGCGUGGUGGUUGGGCUGAUCGUGGUGGUGAGGACUCGGUAUCGGGCAGGGAAGAAGACAGCAGUGGACGAAGAAAAGCCAACAGAGAGCGAGACGGCAACAACAAUGACGGAGACAGAGACACAGACGGAGUUCUCUGUGCGGACGUCGGUGAGCAGCGUGUCCUCCGAGGGAUAUGUGGUGCAGCGCGCGCAGACGGAGAGCGUCGAGUUCAAACGCGGGGUGCUGCAAAUCGAGUCACGUGGGCGUGUAUCGGUGUCUGGCCCCUAG